UCGUUCAUUCAUGAGUCGAACACCACUACCCAUAAUUCCACAGAGAAACAGGAAGUUCAAGCUGAUGUUGAAAGCUUGUUUAUAUUUGGCAGCAAAAUAAGAAAAAACACUAUUUAUAGUUUCUGGGAGAAUAGGUCGCCAAGUAUGUCUUUCAAACGAGAAGGGGAUGAUCAAAGCCAGCUUAAUAUACUGAAGAAACGACGUGUUUCAGAUCUUCUGUCAAACUUUAUCCCAGAUGAUGAAGCUACUCUGAUGAAAAACGGAAGAUACAGUUGUCUUGUGUGUUCUCACCGUCCCGUGUUUGAUACUGUUGAUAUGCUCGUGGUGCACAGGAAGGGGAAACGACACCUUGAAGGAAUGAAAUAUUUUUAUGGCAAAAAAAAUCAGCUGCGACGCGAAAUUGACAAAAGAAGGCAUCAAGAAUAUGUCAAAGCAGAAGAUGAUCGACAGGAACCCUCCAGUUCAGCUCCUCUGCUGACCCAAACACGCAAAAUUACCCAUCAUGCCUUACUCAGAACUGUUCCUUACAGUAGCUGCCACAAAAAAGCAAGUGAACGAUCAGAGUCUUUAAGCAAAGAGCAAAGAAACGAUUUAGCCAACUCUCAUCCGUCCAUGAGGACAGAAAGUAAUGACUCCAUAACAACAGUGCAUCAGGGUCCGAGUGAAGUUAAAGGUGAAGCAAAGAAGAAGAAAAAGGGAUCCAGCACUGUGAGCUCCAGUGUUUGUGAACCUUUAACAGAGCAGAGACGCAGAGAACUGGACCACUAUCUCAAACUAAAGAGUUCAGGGUGGCUGCAGGACCGGAGUGGUAAAUGGGUUAAAGAUGAGAAUGUGGAGUUUGACUCUGAUGAAGAAGAACCGACUCUGUUGCCUCCUUGCAGUGAAUCUUCAUAGCGGACUCUACUGAAAACAACUCUAUACUGUUCAGGAAAAGGACUUCAGGCUACAUUUGAACUGCUCUGCAUGCAGGAUGACAUUUCAGUAGUCACAGUAUAUCACAUGACAUCUACAAGCGACCCACUUUUUAUAUAAUAAGGCUAAAACCUCCAGACGUUCUUUUUGGAAAGAGUUUGCAUUGUUUGUAAUUAUAUUAGUACUGUGUACUUGCCGUUAUUCCACAAAUAC